AUGGCUCAAGACGGCGCAGUCCCAGACCUUCCCGAGUCUGCUACCAAGGCUCCUGAAGGCGUCGUUCUUCCACCUAAAGAUAUACGUGCCAUCAUCGAGAAGACUGCUGGUUAUGUCGCCCGAAAUGGUUCCGUGUUCGAAGACCGAAUUCGCGACAAGGAACAAGCCAACUCCAAGUUCUCUUUCCUGUCUUCACACGAUGCAUACGCACCAUUCUACCAAUGGCGACUCUCAGAAGUUCGCUCAGGGCGAGGUACCGCUAUCUCUGCUGGAAGACCUGGCGAUGCAACUCCCGUCCCAGAAAAGCCAAAAGGGCCUGAACCUCCUUCAGAAUUUCAGUUCAGUGCUCGUAUGCCCAAUAUCAGUGCUCUCGAUCUUGAAGUCGUGAAGCUCACAGCUUUGCAUGUCGCCCGUAAGGGCAAGAGUUGGAUGACUGCACUGUCUCAGCGCGAAGCCAGAAACUUCCAGUUCGAUUUCCUUCGCCCACAGCACUCCCUCUACAAUUUCUUCCAGCGCCUUGUCGACCAAUACACUCUUCUCUUGCAGACGGGUCAAGAUGGACAAAAGGCGGAGCAAGCCCGGAUACACGUUUUACAAGCCAACCUUCAAGAUCGUUUCCGAGUCCUCAAACUAGCCAAAAAACGAUCCGAGUACGUGAAAUGGCAGGAAUCACAGAAGCAGGAAAAGGAAGAAGCUGACGAGGCUGAAAAACUGGCCUAUGCUCAAAUCGACUGGCAUGACUUUGUCGUCGUUGAGACGGUCGUCUUUACCGACACCGAUGAACAGGCGGAUCUGCCACCUCCAACCACCCUAAAUGAUCUACAAAGUGCAAGCCUGGAACAGAAGGCGAUGAUGUCUCUUGCACGACCGGACAUGCGUAUUGAGGAAGCAAUGCCCACGGAUGAUAUGAAUGGAUACACCUACCAGGAAUACAACUCGUACGCCCAACAGCACAACAACGCCCAUGCCCACGCUUCUGGCCCUACAUACACUCCAUCUCCCUCGCUACCACAGCUGCCCGUGGUUCCUGCGCCUCCAACCUAUGCACCGGCACCGGAUCCGAUCGCAUCUCCUCAUCCACUACCCACUACCUCAUCUCCAGCUCCAGCUCCAGCAGCAAUUCCAGGCCAGCCGCCUAUGCGCAUCAAGUCCGACUACGUUCCUCGAGCGCAACAGCGUGCUGCGCGUACCGCCACAGCACUCUGCCCUAAUUGCGGCCAGCAAAUCCCCGUGACCGAACUUGACGCCCACUUGCGAAUCGAACUGCUCGAUCCCCGCUGGAAGGAGCAGCAAGCGAAGGCCGCCGCGCGUUUUUCGACGACCAAUCUUGGUGGCACUGAUGUUGCCGCAAACCUCAAGCGGCUUCGCGCCAAGACCGAUGGAACGGGAUCUGGUACGAGUGGAGACGUCCUGGCCGAGGCUGCUGCUCGGGUAUUAGGCGAGCAAGAAGAGGAAGAGCGGAGGAAAAGGAUGCGAACGGAGGGGGCGCCUGACGUCGGUGGAAACUACCCAGGAAUCGGGGUACAGCCGUAUCAACCAAGUACGACCAACGUCCAGGAACAGAUCCGCCAGAUCCACAGCAAAUAUAAGUCAUAA